AUGUCUGCCGUCUUCGAAAGCUACUCGCAAGAGAUUGCUGUCCCUGCAAAAAUCAACCCGCUCCCGGCCUACUCCUUCCUCUCGCGCCCCCCGCCCCAGAAGAAGCGCCCUAUCAAGCCGCUCCCGUCCCCUCCCGCCUACACGCCCCAGGCCAACCCUCCUCUCGAGCUCCGCGUUCCCAAGCGCCGCACCUCAAACACCUUCUCCACCAUCCACAACUGGGCCUCCCACGUCCAGCCCGGCUCUCCUGCGUCUACCAUCUCCCCGCGCUCGCCCGCCGCCUCCAUCCGCCGCCGCCUCUCCAGCGCAGCGCUGCCCCGUCGUCCUUCCGUCGGACAUGGCAAAGCCAAGCGCAGCAUCUCUGGAACGCUCAUCAACGUCGAGACCCCGCUGACGGCGACGACGCCCUCGAUCACGAUGAAGGAGGCCAGAGCGGGGCUCACCGCCGCCGGGUACACGUCCGUGUUCCUGGGGCUCAAGACGCCCAUCAGCGCUGCCGUGCCUAUCCCGCUCAACUUUAGCUCGCCCACGGACUGGGUGCACGUCGGGUUCGACAUCGGCUUCGACGCCCCGAAGAGCGCCGGUGCGGCGCUCAGCUCUGCCCCCGGCGCCGAGCGUAAGCCAAGCAUCGGCCACCGCCGGCUGCGCUCGCUCGGCGGCGCUCUCAAGGCGCGCUCGCGCUCCGCCGCACCUGCAUCACCCACCCGUCCGCUCCGCGUCAAGUCCAAAGCAGCAGCAGCAGCCGCGGCCAAACCCAGCGCAGACACGAUCGUCAAACGCAAAAAGUCCAAAUACGCGCCCGUACCGCGUCCCGCGCCGCUCGCGAACGAGCUUGCGCUCAUGCAGUUCGCGGAUGGCGGCAACGCCGACGCGACUAUUCAGCGUUUCAUGGCGUCCCAGGCUCUUGCGGGGCACUGCGGCGUCGGCGUCGGCGACGUGUUCCGCGACGACAAGGGCGGGGUGUGGUGGGACGAGGACGAGGAGCUGGAGUACAAGCAUCUCCUUGCUCGCUCCCCGGCAUCCGCGGGCGACGGCGCGCUGUACGACGUCCCGCUCACGCCCGCCUCUGGCGCCUCCUCGAUUGUCGCGCUGGGCAACGCGCAGUGGGUCAAGUUCUCCACCGCCGUCGCGGAGACGCGCACGGUCUCGUCGCGCGCCUCCUCGGACCUGGACGAGCGCUACCUCGUGCGCGCGGAGCCCGGCGCGCUGGACGGCGGAGACGCGUUCGUUGCCGUCGACUCGAUGCUGCCCUACCUCCACCCUCUCGCCAACGCCUCUAGCUCCUCGUCGUCGUCUUCGGUCCUCGCUCUCCCCGCGCGCCCGCGCCGCACGGCGCCGCAUCUGUGUAAAGCCGAUUUACUGGUCGACGCUGCGUUUCGCCCGCCGCUUACCCCUCGUACGCCCAAGACUCCCAAAUCGCCCAAGAGCCCGAAAAGCCCACGACACAAACCGAGCCUCACCUCUUUCCCCGCGAAAUCAGCGAGCACAACCACCGCAGCCAGACCACGCAGACGCCCAGCGCCGCUGACGCUCGUGCCGCCUGCGCCCGGAGCGCGCAUCGCGCUCGCUGUGAACGUGCUCGCUGUUGAGCGCGAGCGCAAUAGGGACGCGGAAGCUGAGAGGGGGCGGAGGGAGUUUGAUGCGGCUGCUUUUAGGCCUCGGCCGCGGGCGAGACCUGUGAGGGGUGCGGGUGCGGGUGUGAGGCCGGCGAGGAUGGUGUUGGACUCUGGCGUUGGUGCUGUGCCCGAGGACGGUGCGGUGCGGGGUGGUGAGGAUGGAGUGCGGGGUGGUGAGGAGGCUGAGUCUGGCACGGUGUCGGUGAAGACGCCUACGGCCAAGAACCGGUCGAGGUUUGGGCAGGGUGUGCGUGGGCUGUUCCGCGCGAAGUAAUGGGAUGGUGAUGCUUUGUGCGUGUGUUUCUUGUUGCGAUGUUGUAGAAUAUACCCCCG